CUGCUGAAUUUGCUCUUAGGUCGUAAGAAAUCAAAUUAAGGUGGCAGUUCAAUUUCACGUAAAAACAUUUUGUCAUGUGAGGCCUUUGACCGGCAAGCGGCAAAUUCACGUCAGUGGUUCAAAUAAAACAAAUGGACUUUUUUUUAGGAAAAAACAAUAGUCUUUCCAUAGCAUAGUUGAACAAUUUUGCUGUUUAAAAAGCAGUUAAGUCUAACUUUUCUGAAAUGAAAACUCAUUUUGUUCCCCGAGUGAAUCAGCUUGAUUCUAUUCAGCUAGACAACGAAAUCAUAAAUAUUUUAAAGGUACAAAUUCAUAAUGUGUUGCAAAAUUUACCGCCUGGUUAUUUCAGUAGUUUACAACCAGAAAUCAAUCUUCUGAUAAACUCUGUUUUAUGGAACUACUCGAUACGUAAGGCUCAUGCAACUUUCGGACAACAGAUGCUGUCAAUCACCUAUAGAAAAGACCAGCUUCAUUCGACUAAACUGAAAUCGCACUAUGUUCUAACUGUUGCUCUGGGUUACCUAAAGGAAGCAGCCCAAUUUCGACUCACCGGGUGUACAUUUCUACAACGAAUAAUUUCUCUAGUAGAAAACACGUUAACUUGUUUGAACUUGCUCAACUUCUUUCACUUCCUACGAUCUGGUCGAAAACCGUCUCUGAUUGAUUAUAUACUGAAACUUGACCAUUGUUCUGUUGAUGGGGCCAAACGAAGAACAAUCGGUUAUUCGUACAUGACCAGAGAACUCAUUUGGGCAGGCUUUUUGGAACUGCUAGGUUUUACGAUUCCCAUCAUCAACUACCAUGCCUUAAAACGAAGAAUAAGAAAUCUUCUGAAGAUAGAAAGUGGCCUUCAAAGCAAAAAAAUGAUCAAGUUGGGCGUUGAUAGUAAAUGUGUUUACUGCAAUGAACGUGUAACGCUACCACAUCAUAUGGGUUGUGGGCACGUGUACUGCUAUUACUGCUUGAAGGGAAACUUGUUGGCGGAUACUGGAUUUCAAUGUAAUGUGUGCGACUAUGGAAGUGGAGUUUUUGAAAGGGUGAUUGUCACUGGAUAAAAUGUGUAUUUGUUAGAUUGUAUCUAUUAGCUUCAAAGGAGUGUGAUCAAUUUACUAUGGAAAUAAGCUAGGUAUACAUCCCGAUUCUGUAUUUCUGUAUAUACUGAUUGUUGUGAAAACUAACUGUCAAACAGUUAUUAAAAUUAUCAGUGAGUAUCUUUAUUAACCAAACGAAAGAUUUUUGAAGGGUUCGUCGAAUGGAUUGAGGUACAGGUAUACAUUUUUAAAACAUUAGAACCAACCUUUUGUUUACUUAUAGGCAAGAGAAAAUUUCCUAUCACUUGUCCACAUGCUGCCAAUAUAUCGUUCGAGGAUAAUUUCUAGUGGACUCGACGGAUUGUGCGGUGUUCUGGAAUGAGCGCGAUCCGGUCAACCGGGACAUUUUUUCUUCAACACUUAUUUUUUCGUGGAUGUACAGUAAUUGUCAUUUAUCAGCCCACAACUUGACAGACAGUGUCCCCCCAUCUACUUGAGUGAGGUUCACUGCAAGCUGGUUGUGAGCCUACUGAAUCCUGACCGUUGAUAUGCACUAGACCGUAUAACACACCGGCUUCUCAACCAGUCCCACUGGUUUUAGAUACAUUAGGUUAGGGAUAGUGGAGAUAAAUAGGGAAAUAUAGCAUUUAGAAGUUUACUAACUACUGUGUUUAUAGCUGAAAAUAAAACGGUAAACAAAA